AAAUUAUACGUUCUUUCCCCAUCUCUCUCACACAUUCGAAAUAAAAUAGUGCAAGUGCAGUAUUUGCAUACGCAAUAAACACCACUAGAAACAACUCAUGUAUGCAUCUCCGGCCAGCAUAUCACAUCUCACCACUUGUGAAUUCUGAUCCUCUCUUCAAACACCACCUCAACCCCAUCUCAUAACAAUCAAAACGGGCAAUGAUUCACCAUCAAAGCCACCAUCUUCAGCUCUGAUGAGUCCCUCUGAGCUUGAGUCUGAGUUCUCCCACCAUGAUCCAUCAGUCGCCCGGAUCAACAACGGCAGUUUUGGGUCCUGCCCAUCUUCAGUUAUCGCAGCCCAUCAGCACCACCAGCUCCAGUGGCUCAAACAGCCUGAUCAUUACUACUACAAUACCCUCAAACCGUCUAUUCUUUCGACUAGGCAUUUCAUCAAACACCUUAUCUGCGCUAACAGUGUCGAUGAGGUUUGUGUUGUUGAUAAUGCCACUACUGCUGCGGCUGUUGUUCUUCAGCAUGUUUCUUGGUGUUUUAUUGAGUCAAAGUUUGAUCUUGGUGAUGCGGCGGUUAUGUUGCAUUAUGCUUAUGGUGCUGUCAAGAAGUCUGUCCAUGCUUAUGUUAAGCGGGCAGGCGGGCGGGUGAUUGAAGUGAAAUUGCCUUUUCCUUUGUUGUGUAAUGAUGAUAUUGUUGAUGAGUUUAAGAAGGCUUUGGAUUUGGGGAAGGUGGGGGGUAAGAAGGUUAGGUUGGCUGUGAUUGAUCAUAUUACGUCGAUGCCUAGUGUGGUUAUUCCGGUUAAAGAGUUGGUACAAUUGUGUCGGGAUGAGGGAGUUGAUUUUAUUUUUGUGGAUGGGGCGCAUGCUAUUGGGAAUGUUGAGAUUGAUGUGAAUGAUAUUGGUGCCGAUUUUUAUACUAGUAAUUUACAUAAGUGGUUCUUUUGUCCGCCUUCUGUUGCGUUUUUGCAUUGUGCGAACACGGACAAGAUGAAAGAUUUGCAUCAUCCGGUGGUUUCACAUGAGUAUGGUAAUGGGAUAGCUGUUGAGAGUGGAUGGAUUGGCACUAGGGAUUAUAGUGCUCAGGUUGUCGUGCCUGAGGUCAUGGAGUUUGUGAAUAGGUUUGAAGGUGGGAUUGAGGGUAUAAGGAAGAGGAAUCAUGAGAAAGUUGUGGAAAUGGGGGAUAUGCUGGUGAAUGCUUGGGGUACGAAUCUUGGUUCGCCACCAGAGAUGUCUUCAAGUAUGGUUAUGGUAGGACUGCCAGUUUCUUUAGGGAUUUCAAGUGAUGCAGAUGCUUUGAAUUUGAGGACCCACUUGAGAAAUAGUUAUAAGGUAGAAGUGCCUAUUUAUUACAGAGCUCCAGAAGAUGGUGAGGUUAAUCCUAUUACGGGCUAUGCUAGAAUUUCUCAUCAGGUUUACAAUAAACUAGAUGACUAUUUGAGGUUCAGGGAUGCAGUUAUAAAACUUGUUGCCGAUGGGUUCACUUGUGCGCAUCUUGACGGUUGAGAAGUUGAAGGCAAAGUACUUGAGACGAAUAAUACUCAUGCUUAUGCAGCUUUAAGAACACCGGAUCUCAGAGCUUCAAAACAUGAUCCAAGUUCCUCAGGACCCGAAUAGCACAAAAGUUAGCUCUGCAUACAGGACUUGCCUGAAAAUCCUCUUGCAAGACUGGAGUGUUUGUUGUUGUUUGUCAGUUACCUUAAGUGCAGAAUUAACAUAAUAGAGAGAAUCACAACUCUAUGCAUGCAUUAUAGUGUUAGCUACAUAUAUGGCAUGCUAUUUGUUCUUAUAUACGAUAACAUUUAAGUUCAUCGCAUGAGCGGAUCAUCUCAUUUUUUGCUUUUCCUUAUUGAGAAUCAUACUUUUGAAAUAAAGAUCAUGUCAUUAAAUUUGUGUA